AUGAACAAACUUCGUCAGAGUUUUCGGCGGAAGAAAGAUGUGUAUGUUCCAGAGGCUAGUCGACCCCAUCAGUGGCAAACAGACGAAGAAUCUGUCAGGAUUGGAAAGUGUAGCUUUCAGGUCAAGUACCUAGGACAUGUGGAAGUAGAUGAAUCUCGGGGCAUGCAUAUUUGUGAAGAUGCAGUAAAAAGAUUAAAAUCGGAAAGGAAAUUCUUCAAAGGCUUCUUUUCAAAAACUGGCAAGAAGGCAAUCAAGGCCGUGCUGUGGGUUUCAGCUGAUGGACUCAGAGUUGUGGACGAGAAGACAAAGGAUCUUUUAGUAGACCAAACAAUAGAAAAAGUGUCAUUCUGUGCUCCGGACAGGAAUUUUGACAGAGCAUUCUCUUAUAUCUGUCGUGAUGGGACAACAAGAAGAUGGAUAUGCCACUGUUUUAUGGCUGUUAAGGACACGGGGGAGAGGUUAAGCCAUGCUGUUGGAUGCGCCUUUGCUGCAUGUCUGGAGAGAAAACAAAAACGUGAAAAAGAAUGUGGUGUGACUGCUACGUUUGAUGCCAGCAGAACCACCUUUACCCGGGAAGGCUCAUUUAGAGUUACCACUGCCACAGAACAGGCGGAGAGAGAAGAGAUCAUGAAACAAAUUCAGGAUUCUAAAAAAGGUGUGGACGCAGAAUCAAAAAUGGUGGCAUCAGUUGCUGCUUCUGCUACUACAACUACCACUACUACCACUGCUGCUGUGACCUUAGCCCCUGCUGCAGUGCUACAAGCUUCACCAACAUCUGAAGUUAAUGCAUACCAGGAUAGCAAAGAUCUUAAUAACCCCCAUGCAAUUCCACGCAGACAUGCCCCUGUUGAACAAUUAGCCAGACAGGGCUCAUUCAGGGGAUUCCCUGCCCUCAGCCAGAAAAUGUCCCCAUUCAAACGUCAGCUUUCUCUGCGAAUCAAUGAAUUACCAUCAACUGUGCAGAGGAAGACAGACUUCCAAAUCACCAACCCAGUUGCUGAAAUGGAAGGGGAGACUGACAGCAUCAGCGCCUUGUGCUCCCAGAUAACCAAUACAUUUAGCGCACCAUCAGAAGACCCAUUCACAUCAGCUCCGAUGACCAAACCAACCACUCCUCAAUCUCCACCAUUUGAA